AUGGUUCCUCAAGGGCCUACCAUGCCAUUACCCAAGAAUGCGGCCAUUUUCGCUGCCAAAGUGCGUCACUCGGAACACGACGGCCGAAGGGCUGAGGCUCAGGAUGUCAUGGCUGGGAUCAGGGUCUCCAUCAAUUACUACAUAACCCUACCCCAGGAACAUGGGGACUCCACCUGGGGAGCGCCAGGCUCUCCAGAAAAGGCUUCAGUGCAAGGUUUUGGUUCCGUGGUGACUGAGCAAGACGGUGUGGAGGGCCAUGACCUCGGAAGUUUUUGCGAAACAAAAGCGGCAUUUCUGUGA